CAAAACAGAGUGGCCUGGGGCCUGCACAGCAGUUUUCUGUACGUGCAUGGGUGGCAUCUUCUUUGUUGCUCCCAGGAGUAUUCAAGCAGGCCUGAGACAUACUCUAGUGGCCAUGCCCCUUCUGCUUUGUUUCAUGGGGGACCUGUGGCUCAUGGCAAUUUGAUCUUCAUCCUGAAAUUCAUACUCUUCCUCAAAGGGCUUCAGGAGGCUAGAAUGAUAUUUGGAUUUAGUACUUGAUCCUGUUCUCGACACUGCACAUGGAGCACCCUGACAGAUUGAUCACACCAGUUAUUUUCCUUAUCCUUUUUAUGGGUUUGAGUUGGAGCAGUGCAGAUCUAGUUCCCUUUAAUGUCUAUUAUAAUUCAUUUACACUGAGGAAGUGUGGUCCAUCUGUCUUAGUGUUGCCAAAAAGAUGCUGGUGAGCAGAAAUUGCAUCAUAGUUCAUGCAGGUCCAAAGCCAUGGGGGCCUGGUUACUGAGCAUAUGGUUUCUAGACUGGCUGGCUCUGCUGGUGUGGAAUUGUUUAGAAAACAUGUUGUUCCUUACACUUUCACCCAAAUACAGGACCUAGUGCAGAACAAGUUCUGGUGCCAGAGUUGACGACAAAGAGCAAUGGGAAACAGUUACCUGUGUGAUAAACCUGGGUAUAGAGGAGAGCAGCAAUCAGAGCCAUGUAGAGACAGUGGCAUUGGAGCUCAAAGUGAGAAGGGAUCAGGAGGGAUUGACGGGAAAGUCUUUCAGACUAGCUGUUUAGAUAUGUACCAAGUGAACCAGCAAUAUCUCAGCGUUCAUUCCUUCAGAAGUGUUUCGAUAAAUUUAAAUUGACAGCACGAGUUAGUAGUACUCAGCACUGUUGAAGUUUGUUACUGAUCUCACAGUAACUAUUCUAAAACUCGAUUUACUAUUCCAGGUACUCACGGCCUAAGAUGCUGCAAUAACAAAGAGCUGUCUUGCUCAGUAGUAUGCCUUAAUUAGGUAGAGAUUUCAGCAGAAGAGGCAGUUUCUUCAGUGACUGCCAGCUACAGUGGGCUGAAGUUACAAAACCACAAAUGCCGAGUGAUGGCAGUGUGAGAACUCUUUAAUGUUAUUUCUUAUGCCAAAGGCUUGAAUGUCAAGACCUUUGGAUGUUUGGGCCGUGCUUGGAACUUCUUUGGUUUCCAAAAUAGUCUCGUGGUCAAAAAAGCCUAGCAGCAACUUGGACAAUUUUUGGAGGGGAGCCAGGGACUCUUUCUGACUGUUGUUUUUGGAAAGAAGAUGGAAAAUUUCAUCAUAAGAAACUGAAACUUCAUCUUUAAAAAGUGCAGUGCUGUGAAAACUGUUACUGACCAUAGAAAAAUGGACAUGUUGCAGAUACUCCGUAAAACCACAGAACGCUUGGAGUGUGACCACUGCAGCUUCAGAGGAACGGACUAUGAAAACAUACAAAUUCAUAUGGGUACCGUUCACCCAGAGUAUUGUGAUGAAAUGGAUGCUGCUGGUUUGGGUAAACUUAUAUUUUAUCAAAAAAGUGCAAAACUGUUUCACUGCCACAAAUGCUUCUUUACCAGCAAGAUGUAUUGCAAUGUGUAUUACCACAUCAAAGCACAGCAUGCAGCACCUGAGAAGUGGAAUGAGGAGCGGAAGGAACAGCGGGUAGAAGGAGAUUCAGAUUCAUCUAAAAAAAGUGUCACGUCGGAGCCACAGAAACCUUCCCUUUCCCCUGAGUUGCACAAACCCGCCCUUUCUCCUGAACUCCCCAAAUCUGAACCUGUUGUUUCCCCCAAGCUUCAGAAAUCUUCUGCAUCUCCAGAGCCCCAGAUACCUGCUCAGGUGACUUCCUCAGAGGCAGAGAAUACAUGCCAGACUGUAUCCCCAGAUCCAGAAAAGUCAGCCCAGGCUACAUCUCCAGAUCCAGAGAAGUUAGCCUCCGCGGCGUCCCCUGAUCCACAGAAGCCAUCCCCGCCUGUGUCCCCCGAUCAACUGAAGCCAUCUCCUGCUGUGUCCCCUGACCCACAGAAGCCAUCUCCUGCUGUGUCCCCUGACCCACAGAAGCCAGCCCCAGCUGUGUCUCCAGAGCCCCGGCGACAUUCCCCAGCUGUGUCUCCAGAGCCCCGGCGGCAUUCCCCAGCAAUGUCUCCAGAACCCCGUCGGCAUUCCCCUGCUGUAUCACCAGAGCCCCGGCGCCAUUCUCCUGCUGUGUCUCCAGAACCUCGCAGAUACUCCCCAGCUGUGUCACCAGAGCCAAAGAAACCUACUCCAGCAGCAUCCCCUGAACCACGGAGGUAUGCCCCAGCUGGGUCUCCUGAGCCACGGAGGCACCCCUCCCAAAUGCGUAGGCCUGCUUCUGCUUCUCCUCCUGAAACCCGGAGGCCUGCUUCUGCAGUUUCACCAGAGUCAUGGAGACCUGGUCCGACUGUUUCCCCUGAGCCCUGGAGGUCUCACGAGGUGCAAAAGUCUUCGACAAUUUCUCCCUGGGCUCCAAAGCCUGCCAUGUCAGUGUCUGUAGAAUCCCGGAGGUCUGCCCCUGAGUCCCGAAGGCCUGGCCCUGUUGUGUUGCCAGAACCUAGGAGGCUUGUUUCUGAUUCAUGUAAGUCUACAUCCUUUUCUGAGUCCCAGAAGUCUACUCUUGUUUCUUCUGAGCCAUGGAAACCCAUCUCAUCUGUUUACCCUGAAGGCUGGAAACCUGUUCUGUCUCCUGACACAUGGAAGCAUUCUCCCCCAGUUUCUCCUGAGCUUCGAAAGUCUAGUCACACUGUUGCCUCUGACUCUUGGAAGCCACCUUUCUUUCCUGAGGUCCGUAAGCCUGGUGUUUCAGUAUCUCCUGAAUCUUGGAAACUCUCUGAGUCACGGAAAUCUAUGUAUUUUUCUGAAACUCAGAAAUCCACCUCUGCUGCUUCGUCUGAGAUUCAGAAACGAGCUCUUUUCCCUGAACCUCGGAAAAGAGUGCUGUUCCCAGAGUCUCGUAAAUCUAAUCCUACUGCUUCUACUGAUAUCCAGAAACGUGCCGUCUUUUCUGAGCCCCAGAAUCAAAUAUCUACUUCUGCUGUUUCUACUGAAGGUCAAAAACAAGCCCUGUGUUCUGAAACCCAGAAAUCAGCUCUUGUUUCUUCUGAAGUCCAGAAGCAUGCCCUAUUUUCUGAAGCCCAGAAACUUGCUCCCAUUUCCUCUGAAGUUCAGGAGUCUACUUCCUUUCCAGAGUCUCAGAAAUCCACAUCUCCUGAAAUUCAGAAACAUGGCCUCUUUACUGAGUCCCAGAAACCUACUCCUAUUUCUCCUGAGACACCCAAACAAGUUGUUUUUACCGACUCCCAGAAAUCUGCUAUUUCCCCUGAUGUUCAAAAGCAUGCUGUAUUUUCUGAGAUGCAGAAACCUGCUGCUGCUUUAUCCUCUGAUGUCCAGAGACAUGCUGAAACUACUGUACCUUCUGAAAUCCAGAAGAAUAUCCUGUUUUCCGAGCCUCACAAGUCUACUUCAGGCUUUUUCUCUGAGCCCCAAACACCUAGUGAAUCUGGUGAGAGUGACUUUCUCUCUCACACUUUAGAUGAUCAGAAACCACUGGAUGAUUUAUUCUCACAGGAUGAACAAUCGUUACUAGCCAAAGAAUCACCAGAAGACAUGCUAUAUUCAUGCCCGAAAAAGAAGCCCAAGAAGGAAAACCAGGAGAACUCAGAUUCUGAGCUAAAUAUCAGUGAGUGUGGGAAAACAGAGAUGGACUCAAUGGAGAUAAAGGAACAAGAAUCCAACAGUGACCAAGAGCAGUAUGACAUGGAGUCAUCUGAUUAUGGCAAAGAGAGCAAAAUGGAUGCAACUACUCCCACGCAGCCACAGUGUGUGCUGCAGUUUACUGAAGAGAAAGAGGCUUUCAUCUCUGAGGAAGAAAUAGCAAAAUACAUGAAGCGUGGCAAGGGAAAAUAUUACUGCAAAAUUUGUUGCUGUCGUGCAAUGAAAAAAGGUGCUGUCUUGCACCAUUUAGUUAACAAGCAUAACGUUCAAAGCCCAUACAAGUGUAAAAUAUGUGGCAAAGCUUUUCUCUUGGAGUCUCUUCUUAAAAACCAUGUUGCUGCUCAUGGUCAAAGUUUGUUGAAGUGUCCCCGUUGUAAUUUUGAAUCAAAUUUUCCUCGAGGCUUUAAGAAACAUUUAACCCAUUGCCAAAGCCGUCAUAGUGAUGAUGCACCUAAAAAACACUUGGACAACCUUGAACCACUUGAAGAACAAAUUUAAUCUUUUUUUCUCCUUGUGGUAGAAAAGCUAAAUUUACAGAAGUGUUCAAAGUGUUACUGUAUGUUAACCGAGUAGUUUAGCUGAUCUGACAAGUCAGAAGAUGCAUGGUUUAUUGUGCUAUGUUUACCUUGUCUUUUAUAGCUGUAUUACUGAAGAGAUUUACUUUUGAAAGUCAUUUUAAAUACGUGUUCAUGUCUUUGUAUUACCCAUCAGUAGAGUCAUAUUUUAUUUUUCAGAUGUACUAUGUUUUUGAAACCAAAAUGGAUACAAAAUAGUUUUGUAAAGAUUUGUAAAACGUAUAGGCAAUUAAGGACUGGAGUGGCAAGCAAUCCAUAUUUUCCUGUGAAGACAACUUGUUUUUUCACAUUUGUUAAAUGUUGUAUUUUUCAAAAUGUUUUUAUCAAGUUCUCAAAUCUAAAAUUCUCACUAAAUUGAAUGUGAAUGAGCCAGGUAUGAGAAACUACCAGUGUCCUGGAAUAAUGAUGCCCUGACGUUGUCAUUGAGUGUAUAGUCAAUUGUUGGAAAUUCAUUGCACUCAAUUCUUCGACUUACUUGUCUCAGAUUUAGAAGCAUCAAGGUACCUAUUUUGUGAUUCUGUGUUUUGGCCAUGUUUUAAGCAUGUACUAAUAUACAUUAAAUUGAUAGAUUAACAUCAGACUAUGUAUAGCUCAACACUUUCUCUUGAUGAUUCAGAUGUUUGUAAUGUCAGACAACCCCUAAUUUUCUUGUAUUUGGUGAAAUGUUACGCUUUAAUGUUUUAACAAUAAAAAGAAACCCAACCUGG